AUGCUCUUCAGCACCUCUGCCCUCGCGGCCAUUGCCGCCCUCACCUCUCUCGGUGCUGCUGCCCCGGCCACCGAGAGCAGCCUCCGCACUCGCGCCGCCGGCGGCAAGCUGACCAUCUACUGGGGCGCCGAGGACGACAACCUCUCCCUGAUGGAUGUCUGCAACGACUCCACCUACGACAUUGUCAACCUAGCCUUCCUCGCCUACUUCAACAAGGCCGGCGGCUACCCGGGCCUGGAGAUGUCGGGCCUCGACGGCCCCUCGUCGGCGCAGCGCAAGGCCGGCGCCACGGGCCUCAAGGACGGCUCCCCACUCGUGCCGGCCAUCAAGAAGUGCCAGGCCAACGGCAAGCUGGUGAUUCUGUCCAUGGGCGGCGCCACCGACUACUCCGACGUGCGUCUGAGCAGCGACGCGCAGGGUGAAAAGGUGGCCGACCAGGUCUGGAACCUGUUCCUCGGCGGCACCGACCACAAGGAGCUGCGUCCCUUUGGCGACGUCAAGCUCGAUGGUGUUGAUCUGGACAACGAGACCAACGACUCGACUGGCUACCUCGCCAUGACCAAGCGCUUCCGCGCCAACAUGGCCAAGGACAGCAGCAAAAAGUACUACCUGACGGCGGCACCGCAGUGCCCGUUCCCGGAUCAGUCGGAGCCGCUCAGCGUGUGCAAGCUGCUCGACUACGUGUGGGUGCAGUUCUACAACAACGGCGACUGCAACAUUGCGCAGUCGGGCUUCAACGCGGCCGUCAAGAACUGGUCCAAGGGCAUCGGCAACGCCAAGCUCUUCAUCGGCGGCCUGGCCUCGGGCGCUGACGGCGACGAGGGCUACGUCGACCCCAACACCUUCAUCAAGGCCCUCAAGGGCGUCGAGGCCAUGAACCUGCCCAACUACGGCGGCGCCAUGCUCUGGGAGGCCCAGCUAUCCAAGACCAACGGCGACUUUGCCAAGAAGAUUCGCAGCUCUGUGUAA